GAUACAUCCUAAAAUGGCUGAUAUGUGGAUGAUAUUACCAAACUUAUCCUCCUCUCUCUCUCUCUCUCUCUUUCUCUAGGAUUAGCAAAACCAAAUAGAGCAAAGCAACUAAUUUUCUCUUUUCUCUUUCACUUCCUAACUGUCACUCUUAACCAACCCAACAAUGGAACUUUGCCUCUUCUCCUGCCAUCAAUACAAUCCUUAUCUCAUCCACAAGCCUCUCCUCUUCACUGCCAUUAGAAGGAGGAGAUCAUUUAUCCGGAGUUUAGAUGUAAUGCCAUGUCGCUGCACAUUGUCUUCCUCUGACGAGAUUAUGGAACCAACCUCACUGGAAGGAAGGAGGGCACUGAUUGCUACUUUACUUGCAACCGCUGCUGGAAUUCGUGCCUGUGAUGUGGCUGAGGCUGCUAGCACAAGUAGAAGAGCUCUGAGAGCAUCAAAAAUACCAGAGAGUGAAUUCACAACCCUCCCCAAUGGUCUGAAGUACUAUGAUUUGAAAGUUGGAGGUGGACUCAAGGCUGAGAAGGGAUCCAGGGUUGCAGUCCACUAUGUUGCCAAAUGGAAGGGAAUCACAUUCAUGACUAGCAGACAAGGAAUGGGUGUUGGAGGUGGAACGCCUUAUGGAUUUGAUGUGGGCCAAUCAGAGAGGGGAACAGUCCUUAAAGGAUUGGACCUUGGCGUUGAAGGAAUGCGUGUAGGAGGGCAGCGCUUAUUAAUAGUUCCUCCUGAGCUAGCAUAUGGAAGUAAGGGAGUUCAGGAAAUUCCUCCAAAUGCAAUAAUAGAGUUAGAUGUUGAACUGCUGGCCAUCAAACAAAACCCAUUUGGGUCCAGUGUAAAAAUUAUUGAAGGUUAAUGCAAUUGUUAACCGGGAUGAAGCAAGUAGAAGCCAAGAGCCAUAUAGGACAACCAGAUAGCUGUCCUGAUCCAAACUUUACCACGAACAUAUUUUCAGUUGUAGGCACUUGAAGGCAAGGAAACCUGCACGCUUAGAAUGAUAGCACAUUCCUGAUAUCAUUGUAAGUGUGUUUACAAACUUCAUGAAUACUACUUUCUACCUUAUUCUACAAUUGUAUACUCUUUUAUGAGUUUUCUCCUAUUCCUUGGCAUGUAGCUUCAUGCUACUCAUUAUUGAGUGUAAAAGAGUUAGAAUGUUAAUGUCAUAGUACAUAUCUCAAAUAUUUUAAAUCUGAAAGAUGUUCAGUUCAUUUAUCCUUGAGAACUUUAAAGUGAUCAGAAGAAGAUGAGGAUGACAAAUAUAUUAUCCAUUUCCUUCUGGUUAUGGUGCAUUUGACUUAUUUCUUCUAUUAUCUUCAUCGGUCUCUUCUUUUUCUUUC